AUGACGGCGGAGCUGUGGCUGUACCUGGACGCCGUCACGGGGCAGCAGAAGGGCCCUGUAAGCGCUCCAAUCAUCAAGAAGCUACUACGCAAGGGCGUCAUUCAGCCCCAGCAGCUAGUGUGGACUCAGCGUCUCUCAGAAUGGACAGCAAUCGCCAGUGUGGAGCCAUUUGAGUCCUAUUUGCGCGUCUGGACGGCCGUAUGGUACUAUAUGGCCGAGGAUCCGACGAAUCCCAGCAAAGAAUCAGUGCGGACAGGCCCCAACACGACUCAGCAACUUGUGCAGCUGUUUGUGGAUGGAGAAGUGGACGGUAUGACGCUCGUCUGGAGUCAACAACUCGACGGCUGGAAACCCAUCGGUGAAGUACCUUCGUUAAAAGAGUUUCUACAAGAAGCUAAUGAAGAUCUUGAUCGAGAAGCGGAGCUUAAAGAACAAGCCAGCAAUGUGCCGAUCGAGCAACAAGUGUUUGAGAAAGAGUCGACGGACGCUCUUGUUGCUGAAGACGGCAAGCGAUAUGUGUUUGAUGCUGAAUCCAAGACAUACGUGACGCCUGAGGAUAAAAUUGAGGAGGAACUGGCAUCGCUGCAAGAAGCGAUGCGGGAAGCCAACGCGGAGAAACAAGGAGGAAAUAAUAACGAGAACAAGAGCGAGAAUCCAAGGAGCACUGACAACCAGAAAGUGUCAAUUGGAGAAGAAGCGGCUGGGAAGGCAAAACCUGCUGAUCAAUCAGAAGCAGACGCCGAAGCUGCUAAAAAGCGGAAAAAGAAGAAAAAGAAGAAGAACGACAAGUGGAAGAAGAGCAAAAAGAACACGUGGGUGUACGUGAACGGCUUGCCGCUGGAUGUCACAGUGCAAGAAGUACAUGAUCAUUUCGCCAAGUGUGGUGUGAUCCAACCGGAUAUUGCAACUGGCAAGCCCCGCAUUAAGCUCUACCAAAACAAAGAGAGUGACGGUCUAAACGGUGAUGGAUCAGUGUGUUAUAUGAAGGAGGCGUCAGUGGAGCUGGCCGUGCAGCUACUCGAUAAAUCACAGAUCCGGCCAGACUGGCCCAUCGAUGUCUCUCCGGCAGUGUUUCAACAAAAAGAAGGAGACUUUGUUAAGCGGAAAAAGCUCAAGAUCGACUCACGCGCAAGAAUCAAAAUGUUUGAGAAAGAAAAGGCGCUUUCCUGGAAUGAAGGAGAAGUGAAUGAGCCUGCUGGUCUGCGUAUUGUGGUGAUCAAGCAUAUGUUUACGCCUGCUGAAAUUGAAGAUGAAGCAUACGAGACAGAGCUGCAGGAGGACAUCCACGGCGAAUGCUCUAAGAUUGGCGAGGUUACAAAGAUCACACUCUUCGCCAAGCACGUGGACGGCGUAGUGGUGAUCAAGUUCGCUUCGAGUGGCAGUGCUGCGCGGUGCGUUGAGAUUAUGAACGGUCGAUUCUUUGCCGGGCGUAAGCUGGAAUGUGGAUUCUGGGACGGCACAGACUACACGCAUCACGAAAGUAAGAACGAGGAGAAGGAGCGUGCAGAGAAAUUCCAAGAGUGGUUAGAAGAGGGCUCGUCCUCCGAGAGUGAGGCUGAACACGAGGAAAAGACGGAACAGCCCAAGAUCCUCGAUGCAGGAGAAGCGCAUACGGGCCGUGAAAUGCCUGCUCUUGCAGAUGACAGUGACGAUAGUGAUGUUGAAAGCAAUGGGGAUGCAGAGGAAGUCAACAAUCCUGCUGGGGCCGAUGAGCUACAUGCAGGGCGAGUCAUGCCCAAUCUCGACGACUUAAACGAUGAUGAAUAA